AUGGUUAAAACAAAGCACCAAAAAUCCAAACCAAAACAAAACCCCAAAUCUUCCCACGCAAAGAAGCACGGGAAGCCGGCUGAUAUUUCAGAAUUUAGAAAGCAGCUGGAUGGUUUAGGCUUAAAAAUAAUUCAAGUGACUGCUGAUGGUAAUUGUUUCUUCAGAGCUCUUGGCGAUCAAUUGGAAGGAGAUGAGGAACAGCACCAAAAGUAUCGGAACAUGGUAGUCAAGUAUAUAAUGGAGAAUAGAGAAAUAUUUGAGCCUUUUAUUGAGGAUGAGGUGCCGUUUGAUGACUAUUGUCAGUCUAUGGAGAAGGAUGGAACUUGGGCUGGGCAUAUGGAAUUGCAAGCUGCUUCUCUUGUGACCCGAUGCAAUAUAUGCAUCCACCGGCAUGACUUUCCUCGAUGGUACAUACGGAAUUUUGACAGUCGUGAAGUGAGAAUGAUCCAUCUUUCUUAUCAUGAUGGUGAGCAUUACAACAGUGUGCGUUCAAAGGACGAUACUUGUGCGGGACCAGCAAGGCCAAUAUUUAUCAAGGCUGAUGGUGACCUUUCAACAACGUCUAACAAAGCGAAAACGUCCAACACCAAGUCUAGAGAGGAAGCUGCUGGGAAUUUUGUUGAAACUGGAUGCCUGAAAAUGGUCAUAGAUGGAACUGGAUGUAUGGAUAUUGAAAAAGUUAAAAAGGUUCUUGAAGAAGUAAAUGGUGACGCAGAUGCUGCAAUAGAAUAUCUUAUUGCACAGCAGGGAAGCGAAAAUGAUAUAGUUGCAAAUGAGGUUCCUAGUUCAGAAGAUUUAAAUCACGGUGAGCAUCAAACGGAAGAAUGCAAACAACAAAGCGCAAUUUCUGAGAGUAGAACAAGUAAUUUAGAAAGGAGUCGGACUAAAAAAAGUUUACCUUCUGACGACAAGAAAAUUCCAAGAAACAAGCUAUGUCCUUGUGGAUCAAGAAAGAAAUACAAGUCUUGCUGUGGAUCUGUUGCUGGAAAAUCUUCUGCUAGACUUACAAUAAAUAGGACAUUUGAGGAUGCAGAUAAAAAAGACAAGAAACAACGCAAGAAAGCGUCAAAAGCUACAAAUCAUGAUCAACCUGCUGGAGGACAACAGCUUGAUCUGGGUGCACUGUGUAUAUGA